CCCUGUUCCAAGCAACUGUACAAACUCCAAUAAGGAUUGUCGGCAGAAGAGAAGCAGAGGGCAACGACAAUAAACAUUAAGAUCUUCGCAACACCAUAACAUAGACCAUGUCGUCAAGAAUAAGAUGCAGUGCGUUCCUUGUGAUGGGGGGGAUGCUGGUUUUGGUUUCUUCCUUUUCCAACAAUCUCCCUGCCCGCGGUUCGAUCGGCCACCGAGAUGUAGCUCAGGUCUGCUCUUUCACGAACAGCAAACACAGUCUCUCGACCCAGGAAAUCUGGCAACGGUCCACUCCGAACACGUUCCUAUCGAUGGCGUCGUCUCCGGCCGCCACGGCGGACGAGAGUCAGCAAGUUGGCGAUCUCUUUUCGAAAUACUGCGACGAUGACAAUCUCAUCGACAAGAAGACACUGGAAUCCAUGCCCCCGUUUGCAAUGAUGCUGGUAAGUUUUCUAGGGUUCUCCGGUGUUGAUGUUGCGAAUUCUUUACGAUGUGGAAGGAUCGUUUUCGACGAUAUUAAAAAUUAUCUUCGUCUCAUCUUUUGUUGUGAUUCGUUGUGUCGUAAUGUGGCAUCAUAUGGUAUGCAGGCCGACGAGGAUCUGUUGCCGGCCGAACUUAACGAUAUUUGGGAGGCAGCGCUGAAAUCCUCCAAGGAUCCAUCGCGCGUGGAUUCGGAUUCGUUUGCGCAAAUUUACCGCGACGUCGACGAUCUUUUUGAAGACGACGAAGAGGAAGACGAGGACGAAGACGAAGAUAGCGGCGAGACUGAUGCUAGCAGUGAACCUGCUGAUUCAGAAACUCAGAUGGCGGAUGCAACCGAAAACGAGUUGGAUGAAGAAUUGUCAAAGGCUUACAAAUCACUUUGCGACGAAAAUGGAUUGAUAUCUAAGAAAAAAAUGUUGGAAUGGGAGGAAAUCGAGUCGCUGCUGGAGGAAGGUCUUCUCGGUGAAGACGAAUUCGAGGAAUUGUGGGCAAACUCGGUCAGCGACAACGCCGAAUCAUCUAUCGAUUCCAAUGGCUUUCUGACUUUUAAUUUGGGACUGGACGAGUUGUUUGAGUUGGACGACGAAGACGAGGAGGACGAUGAGGAAGAAGAAGGAGAGUUACCUCCAACACCGGCUACUCCGAGAGCAAUGGUCAUCGAGGGUGAUAUGCCACCCGGUGUUCUUUUCUCGCAACUUGCCGAUGAAAACUAUCUUGUGGGAUCGAAAGAACUCAUCCUCUGGGUGGAGCUGAAGGACAUGCUUGAAGAGGGUGACUUGUUGGAAUCCGAAUUGAAAGUGAUCUUUAAGAAAUACGCGACACCCGAGGGCAAACUCACCGAAGAAACUUUUGUGGAAUUCUACGACGAGAUCGACGGACUUUUUGAAGAAGAUGAUGAUGAGGAUGGCGAGGAAGUAACAGCCGCUGCCCCCACUCCUCCUCAGCAGGCACAGCCAAACACGGCCAUGAGCGAGAGAGUCAAGGGGGAUUUUCUUUCGUUUAUUGACAUUGUGAUCGAGGAGGACGAAGAACCGUGUGGGUUUGGUGCGUCCGAAGCCGACCAGGAGCAGGUCCUCAAUAUCUUGAAGGUCCUAGAGCAGCAGCCUACCAAUAUGAUCGUGCAAAAGGACGGGAACAUCGAGCAAUCCGAUCUCGCGGGGACCUGGGAACUGAUCUACACGAGUUCGUCUGCCAUGAAGUUCAACAAGGGGCUCAGCGGAAUCGGCGGGAGCUUUCCCAACGGAAAAUUUGGCAGCCUCCGACAGGACCUCAUCGCCACCAAGUUUUUGAGCGAUAUGUUCUACAAGGAACGCAUCGACGUGAAUCCCUCGAGUGCGUCGUUCGACGUUACGGUGAACGGCGUCUGGGACCUCCGAAAGAGCGUCUCCAUCUUCACGGGGCAACCCACAGUAAUCCUGAACGUGGAGCCGGACCGGGUCACGUACGGACCAACUUCCACGAGGGCAGACCACUGGAAGAGCCUGGGGCCGGUCAACCGACUGGAUUUGUCGUAUCUGGACGACGACCUCAGGGUUAUGCGAGGCUGCACAUCAUCCGAAACUGUGUUCGUAUUCAAAAAAGUGUAACCGAUCCAACACACAUAAAUCCAUAGAUACCGA